GAAAUGGGCUUCGAAAAUGCCGUAAAGCGAGGCAGCGUGUAAUCGCGGAUCGGACGUGCGUUGGCCUGGCUUUGUGUGGCGGACGGGAUUUCACCGGAAUAGCUUGAAGAUCGUUUAGCAAUCGUGGGAUCUCAGAUAUUAACAAGGCAGCGGACAGAAGAAAUAUGAAUAAGGCUCCAUCCAGGUCCAGUCCAUCAAGAAGGGACUUGUAUUCAUAUGGAGAUUCCCGCGAUACAAAACGUGACCGAUCCCCUCUGCGUACCAGCCCAAGGAGAGAGAGCAGAGAUACUCGAGAUGGUAGAGACUCGAGAUCGCUUAGAGAUGCAAGGGAUACACGAGAUGGACGAGAACAUCGAGAUGGGAGAGAUGGGCGUGAUCUCAGGGAUGUGAGAGAUCUAAGGGAUUCCCGUGAUCACCGAGAUCUAAGAGAUUCACGUGAUCACAGAGACAUAAGGGAUUCUCGUGAUUCCAGAGAUGCAAGAGAUUCUAGAGAUGUGCGGGACUCUAGAGACUACAGAGACCCAAGAGAUUUGCGAGAUCCAAGAGACAUUCGCAUCAGAGAUUCGAGAGAUGCCCGGGAUCCAUUGUAUGACCGCUAUAAAGACCCACUGUACAGACGUGAUGACCCACUGGACAAAUAUCGCCAUGAUGACCUCAAUCGCAGAAAAGAUGAUCCUUAUGAACGUUAUAGGGAUUCUUUAGACAGAUACCCUAGGGAACCGGAAGAUCGCCUAAAACGAGAGGAACGUCGUCGUGAGGAACUGUAUAGGCAAUAUUUUGAUGAAAUCCAAAGGCGAAUUGAAGCUGAAAGACCUGUUGACUGCUCUGUGAUUGUUGUCAACAAACAGUCAAAUGUCCCCGCCAGGGAGUAUGCAGAGUCUGUGGGACGAAAGGUGCGUGACCUUGGUAUGAUGGUGGACUUGAUUUUUCUGAACACUGAGGUGUCUCUAACACAAGCCUUGGAAGAUAUUACUAGAGGAGGGUCUCCAUUUGCAAUUGUCCUCACUCAGCAGCAUCAAGUGCAUCGCUCUUGUACAGUGAACAUCUUAUUUGGAACACCUCAAGAACAUCGAAACAUGCCACUAGCAGAUGCCAUGGUGCUUGUGGCCAGGAACUAUGAACGCUUUAAAGCUGAAAGUCGUGAGAAGGAACGGGAAGAUAUUGCAAGGCAAGCGUCCAAGAUGUCAUCUGAAGCUGUUAUGCGGGAACGUGCUCCACCAGUAGAUGAGGGCUUGAGGGGACCUCAUCCUCCAAGCAUACAAACUUUACUGUGGCUGCUUGCAGAUAAUAGAUAUAUUACUGCGGAAGAGAUAGACAAGGUCAUGGUUUAUCUACGUGAGCGGAAAGAUAGGAUGUUGAAUGUGUCCUCAGAGCCACUGUCAUCACAACUGUCAAGACCGCAGAUGGGAUCUGGUCCAGUGACUUCCUUUGAUGGUCAAUCCAAUCUCACAAGUAAUACCAGUCUGCAGAUGACACAGCCACUGAGCUCUGCUCCCCAGGUUACACAGACUAUGAGCAAUCCCCAACAAGAGCUUCAGGCAAAAAUACUCAGUCUCUUCAAUAGUGGAGCCACAGCCACCAAUAGCCCAGCUACUUCAGUGGCCGCCCCUACAGUUGCUCCUGGUCAAGGCUAUGGUAAUAUUGGAAGUGCCCAACAGAGGCCAGGACAGAUGAAUACAGGAACGCUUGGCCCAUCGGCACAGAGAUCACAGCCUACGGUUAACCAGCAUCCAAAUCCCAUGGGGCCUGGAAUACCUGUAAGAAACACAGCACCUAGACCCAGUGGACCUUCUCAAGCGCAGGGCUUGUAUGGGCAACAUCAGACUCGUGCCCAAGUACCUGUUAAUGUACCCAACCAGAGGCCAGUAGGUUCCACAGGCAUAAACUUUGACAAUCCUAGUGUCCAGAAGGCUUUGGACACACUGAUCCAGAGUGGUCCUGCACUUUCUCACUUGGUUAGUCAGACAACAGGGCAAGCUAACCGUGGUGGGCUUCCACCUCAGCCUGCAAUGGGCUCUUAUCCUCGUCAUUAUUAGAAGCACAUGUAAGUUCCCCAAGCUUGUGCAUUGAUCACUUGAACAAAACCCCACUAAACUUUUUUUGUUUGUUUAUAUGUGGUAGUCUGAAACAAACAUUUUGGUUAAUAAUUAAACCUUAACCUUUGUUAGAGACCAGUUAUGUCCAAGGAUGCAUGUUAUGCAUUUGUUGCCCUUAUGUGAACGGUUACCCUGUCUAGACAUAUUUUCUUGUACAUUUAAUUCUUACAGCAAAAUGUGUUCUAAUUUUUUUUAAGUAAACUUUAAAAUGUCUAUAA